AGUUUAACUCCAAAAGACUAGACUUGAGAUAGACUCAAUUUCUAAAAAAAUGUAACCCAAUUUUUUAAAAAAAAAAUCUGCCCCAACUUAACCAAUUUGAAUGGUUGAACCCAAUUUAACUUUAAACAACCGCACAACACAAUGAUCCAAUACGACCCGACCUAAACACCCGAUUUGAUACAGGAGUAGUCCCUCAUUAAUUUAAUCCUAAAGUUGAGAUCUUGAAUUUCUGAUCAGAAUUUUGUUUUACUGCACUCACUUUGUCAGUUUGUUUUCUACUUUCCCUCAUUCAUCAUUAACAAUUCUUCAGAUUCAUCACACAAAUUUUUUCGUUGCAUUAUCAUACAUUAUACAAUUCCUAGAUUCACCAUUUUUUCUUUGUUAAUUUUCUAUCAUAUUAUAGUUUCAAUUACAAAUUUCAUUCGAUCUGUCCAAAUUAUCACAAACCCAGAACAAAUUUGGCAACAAAAAAUGCCGCCCCCCGAAAUUUCUCGGCGAUUUUCCCUAUUUGGGAUCGGAGAAUCGAGUAAUAAGCAAAGCUCAAUUGAUAGAAAAAGGGAAGAAUUGAUCCCAAUUUUGAAGCUUGAAACUGAUAAAAAUGUGUAUAGACCUGGUGAUGAGGUUUUGGUUACAAUUGAGCUUCAAAACCCUAGUGAUCCAAGCAAUUCCCAUGAAAUUACAAGUAGUUCUGAGCGUUCCCUUUUGUUAGAAAGGCUUGGUUUUGAGCUUAAAGGGGUUGAGAAGCUUGAUACUCAAUGGUUUACUGCUCAGAAACCGUUACCGGGUUCGAAACAGAGGAAGGGUGAGCAUGUGUUCUUGGAUUAUUCUACAACAUCAUUAGUCUCAAACCAGAUCAUUUCUUCUGGGGCUACUAAAAAGUAUGUGGUUCGAACGGUUUUGCCUAGCAUCAUACCGCCAUCAUACAGGGGUACAACAAUACGAUACUUGUACUAUGUUAGAAGCACUUUUUCUGGGCAAUGGUUGAUACUGGAAAAUGGCCACACAGAGAGUGAUCUGGCUCAUAAUAUUACUGGACUGGAAGCUCGUGUCCCCUUGAAAAUUUGGGUUACUCAACAGGCAAGUGGACUAACGAUUGAUGAAGAUCAAGCGGAUGGAAUUGUACCGGUCCAGACCAUUCAAACAGAUAUAUAUUGGAAAGAGCUCGAUGGGGAUUCGGAGUGGGUUAGGGCUAAUGAUAUAUAUGAUGGAGCUGAGGAAGGCUAUGAUAGUUCGAGGGACGAAGUUUUAUCUAUUUCUUCAUAUAAUCCAUCAAGAGACAGUCUUCACAAGUCAUUUGGCAGUUCACUAUCUCUACAAGGAUCGGCCUCAAGGUCCUUUAGAGAACCCCCCUUGCAUGCAGAAGCUGAUGAAGUUCUACAUAAUUCAAUUGGGGAUAUUUUGUCAUCCAAGAGUCCUUCUGUUAUCUCUCCAAGACUGCAAAGAGGAUAUUCAAAAACUUUUUCAAAAGAUGAAGAUGAAAAGGGACCAUCUUCUCCCAUCCAAACUACAGAGGCUGCUGCAUCAGAAAGCUCUAUGCGAGGCAGGUCUUAUAACAUCAAGCUUGAUGAUCAAGUUCUGCUCAGGUUCUCACCCAAGAAGUCAGAUUCAAAUUAUUAUUUCAGUGAUAUGAUAGGUGGGACCCUUACCUUUUUUCAUGAAGAAGGAACAAGGAGGUGCCUUGAGGUAUCGAUCACCUUGGAGAUUUCGGAGACUAUAAAUCGACGUUCUGUCCACCCUUCCCGGAAGAACUCCCCUACGCUUACAAAGGUUCACAGUGAUCAUCACGAGGUUGUUGCCGACUUGGUGCAGACUAGCUUUCUAUUUUCCAUUCCCAUGGACGGACCAAUGUCUUUUUCAACACCUCAUGUGUCUGUUCAAUGGGCUCUGCGGUUUGAAUUUUUUACCACUCCGAGGAAUAUUGACUGGAGUAGGUAUGGUCAUCCUCUUUUAGUUGAAGGGAGAGACAAAUGCGAGUGGUGUCUUCCAAUUAAUGUACAUGCACCUCCACCUGGAGCUGCUGCUGUUGCACACGCGAGACAUAGAAAGAACCUCUCUAGUGAGCCUUUUUGGGCUCGUGACUGAAGGUUCUCUCAAUUGAACAACCGAUGGAAAAUUUUCAGCGUGGCUAUAUACGAGUUAAGUAAUUCUGCUGACAGUUCAAGUACACGAGAUCUUCAUUGCUUGAAACAGGACAGCUAAGGUUAUACAACAUUGAGUCGGGAUUUACAUAUUACAAGCAGCUCGUACAUGACUAUCUCAGCAGGAACUUAUAUUGAAAUGUUCCCUUUUUUGGGGCUGUACUCUAUAGACACGAGAUCUUGAUCUUACCAUAAUACAAGUUUUAUACAUUUCUAUAAUGAUGUAAUCGUCGCCAACUCGCAAUCAGUUAGAACAGGGUUGAUAGCUUGGUGCUACGAUCAUUCUUUGAGAUUUAAACUGGUUAUUUGAUUGAACGGCGAUAAUGCCGUUUUUGAUUUAUUUUCUUUUUGGGUCUUCCUUUUGUGUUGAAACGAUUGACUUCACGAGUAGAAUCUUGGACUAUUGUAUGGUUUGUGUUAAAAAUCUGUUAAUUGUUGGUUGGUGUUAAUUGUAAAGUAUAAGCUUUAAUUAUGGCGUA